AUGGCGAAUCUAUUCACUGUUAGGGCUCCUUUCCUCUCACAGCCCUUCGCCAAAACAGCACCGUACCACCUAUGUUACGCCUCUUCUUCCAGUCCACCGGAGCAGAACCCUCCAGCUCCGCCAGAGUCUUCUCCUCCUCCGUCUCAAUCGAUAAGCGCGGCCUCGACGGAGCAACCCGUCGCAUCUCAACAGAAGAGGAAGAAGAGCGUCGAAACGACGGAUUGGGUCGCUUCUUCAUUGACGCGGCGGUUCGGAAUCGGCGCGGGUCUUGCCUGGGCCGGUUUUUUGGCUUUCGGCGUCGUCUCCGAGCAGAUCAAGACACGGAUUGAGGUUUCUCAGCAAGAAGCUAACACAAGAGACGUACAAGAAGAGAAAGAGGUUGUCCUGCCCAACGGCAUAAGGUACUAUGAUCUACGGCUUGGAGGAGGAGCAACACCAAGAACAGGUGAUUUGGUAGUGAUUGGACUAAAGGGACAAGUGCAAGGAACCGGACAAGUGUUUGUGGACACGUUUGGAAGCAAAGACAAGAAGAAGCCAUUGGCCCUUGUGGUGGGUUCAAAACCAUAUAGCAAAGGAUUAUGCGAAGGCGUAGACUAUGUUCUACGGUCGAUGAAGGCUGGAGGUAAAAGAAGAGUGAUUGUUCCACCAUCUUUAGGAUUUGGAGAAGACGGUGCUGAACUGGAAUCGGGUUUGCAGAUACCGCCUUCUGCUUCUCUGGAAUACAUAGUUGAGAUUGAUAGAGUCUCGAUUGCUCCUGCUUGA